AUAAGCGUUUUAAGAGACGUGGUGGCCCUCGAAGGAUGCGAUGGCUCAAGACACAGUAAGCAACCCCACAUAUCUUCCCUACCCAUUUCUCCUCCUGCGAAGGUAGCGCCGCGCCGCUUACAUGGCGCCCAAGGCCAAGGUGAACCCCAAGCCCUCGCCUGCACCGCCGCCUCCCGACGCCCAGUCUGCCCCCAUCGAGGACCUCUUCUCCGCUCUCCAUCGCCAUACCCAGAACUUCGAGUACGAACGGGCCGCCAAGGUCGCAGAUCAAGUUCUCGCGAUCGCACCCGGGGAUGAGGAUGCCCUGCGGUGCAAGGUCGUGGCUUUGAUCAAGUCCGACGCGAUCGAUAAGGCUCUCUCCGCGAUCCAGGGUUCUCGUCACCUGCCCAUAGAUCUCAGAUUUUACGAGGCAUAUUGCUUGUACAGGCAGAAUAAACUGCAUGAAGCACUAGAGGCAAUAGACGGUCAAGAAAGAAACUCUAUGAUCCUGCAGUUAGAAUCUCAGAUAUUUUAUCGUUUAGGAAAAAUGGAUGCUUGCAUGGAAAGCUAUGAGAAGAUUCAAAGAUUCAAGAUUGACUCCUUAGAUAUAAAAACAAACAUCAUAGCUGCUCUGGUUGCAGCUGGAAGGUCUCCUGAAGUUCAAGGAACUAUGGAUGCACUUAAAGUCAAAGCUUCUAGUAACUUUGAACUGGCAUACAACUAUGCUUGCUCCUUGAUUGAAACGAAAAAAUAUGCAGAUGCUGGGCAACAAUUACUUUCAGCUCGAAGGUAAGUAAUAUGUGAAACAAGCUUUAUUAUGAGAGGACAGUAUCAAGCAUGAAGUUAGUUGUGUGUUUUGUGAACUCCAUAACAUCAGACAUUUUAUUUGUGGAAAGAGACUGUAUCUGUUUCUAGGCCCCUUAUCGAUAUAAUGUUUUGCAUAUUUGAGCA